CUUCAUCUUGGCAGAAACAGCAUCGAUAUCCAUACGGACCUUGGAGGGUUACAUUUACCCAAAAAUUAUUUUCAAAUGGACCCCGUCGCCUAGCGUUUACUCCCCCAGCCUCGCCGACUGAGUUGUAUUGGGUGCUCCGCAACAUCAAGCACGUCUGGGUCAGUACAAGGUUUCCAUCAAGCACAGCAUACAGACCAACAAGGUAGAAUGGCAGCCAUCCCAGCAGGCGGUUCUCUCGUGGCGACCACUGACUACUACCGAAGGCGCAUCGGCUCGACCUCCAGCAGCAGCUCUUGUGGCAGUUCGGAAUACACCGGAGAGGUCAUCCCUCACCAUCCAGGCCUCCCCAAGCAGGACUCUGGCCACUGGUGGUCCAGUUUCUUCUUUGGGAAGCAGCCGGGGAUGACCACCCUGACCGAGGAGGCGCAGCAGAAGGCGGGGGUCCCGGGUGUGGUGACGAACGGUCAGAUCACCUGCGUUGCCAGGGAGAUGGUGAUGCAACGGCAGGUGAGUGAGAGCAGCGAAUCGGGAAGCCCCACCUCCUCCUGAUCCCGCCUCCUCGCUCUGUUCCAUUCCCACACCUCGGGGGGAAUCAAACCAACGACCAACGCUAGGUGACGGGAGGACGUCCCGUUUACCUUAGUUUCUUUUUUUUUUUUUUUUUUUUUUUUUUGUAAUGUUAUUAUUCACUGUAGUACAGGCUGCCCUACUUGUUUUUUUGUUUUUGUUUUUGUAACCUUGUUUUUUAUCGACAGUCAAAUUAAAAAAAAAAAAAAAAAAAAGCAUAAAAAUGAACAAAAAAACAAAACAAAAACAAGAUGACGAAGGAACUGAUAAGCUACAUGUUGAUUUGUUUUUUGUUUUCUACAUUUGUACUGUUCAGUGUCUGUAAUACUGUGGUGCAUAUACACACUGGUGCAUACACAUCCUCAUGCCUUUUGUUAAGCAUUUUUCACUCUUGUCACCCUGUGAUUGCAGAUGCAAUAAAGUAGACUCUUGCAGCCUAA